AUGGCGGGCGCUGAUUAUAAGAAGUACUUGGCGGAAAAUGUCCUCAAUGAGCGACGUACUGUUACUUAUCGCUCGCUCGGUCGGGCAUUGAGGGCUCAUAGCACGUUGGCAAAACAAAUGCUAUAUGACUUCCACCACGCCGAGAAUGCGAAGAAACCUCGCAGUGUGAACGCGACCUAUAUCCUUACGGGCAUACAGAAGGCCGAAGAUACUGCAAAGGGCGCAGGAGCUAACGGUACAUCCGGUGAUGGAGAUGAAGUUAUGCCGAGUAGCCCCUACAUCCCCAGCUCGAUGCCGAAUCAGGAGGCUGCCACGGACCAAGUCCGUAUUUCCUCAGUGUUGCUAGUGCGCGAAGAAGAUCUUGAGGAUGCGAAAUCAACAUUCGAGUCAUUAUCGUCCAUCUACAUUUACAGUCUCCAGCCUACGUUACUUCAGGAUCUGAAUGUUCUUACCGAUGUGGCCAGGGAGAUGCUCGUUGCCCACGCCAAGGAGGACCCCUUAGAGUAUGGGAAGCAAUGGGGUAUGAUUCAGAACAAGAAUGUCAAGAGGAGAACAGGUGUACGACCGCCGCCAACCCCUCCCGCGCCUUCGAGUACCAUUCCUGCGAAACGGCCCGCACAGUCCGACUCGCAGCAGAGCAAGCCCGAGGUUAAGGAGGAACGAUCAGAUACCAAACCAGUGCAGCGCCAGAAUACUUCAUCAACAAAGCCAGCGGAGAAAGCCGCGCCGGCGAAGAAAGAGAGGGGAAGUUUGUUCAGCUCCUUUGCCAAGGCGAAGCCAAAGCUCAAGAAGGAAGAUUCAUCUACUCCAGCUGCUUCCGGCGCUGAGUCGGCCGAACCCAGCGGUCCUGAAGAUGUUGUGCUUGGUGACGCCUCCGAUGACGAUGAAGAGCAGGAGGAGCUCUUCCCCGAGUCCAAAAAGCCGGCAUCAGCCGAGACUCGUGAAAGCAGAAAGGAGCGUGAAGACAGGUUAAGGAAAAUGAUGGAGGAUGACGAUGAUGAGGAUGAAGAAAUGCCAGAUGCUGCAGAGCCUGAAGAACCCAGCGCACCCAUUGACCAACCGCCUCCCCAACAAGAAGACCUGAAGGUCGAAGCCACCGUCAAGGGUGGCCGCCGGAGAGGACGCCGACAGGUCAUGAAGAAGGCAGUGAAAAAGGACAGCGAAGGAUACCUUGUUACUGUCGAGGAACCCAGCUGGGAGUCAUUCUCAGAGGAUGAGCCCGCACCACCGCCGCCGAAGAAGAAGCCAGUGGUCAGUGCGCCAAAAGGAAAAGCUGGUGCCAAAGCGGGACAAGGGAAUAUUAUGUCGUUUUUUGGCAAGAAAUGA